AUGACUACUACGAAUUCCCACGAUGCCAAUACUUUACUCAAUGGACUUGUUUCGUCUCUCCCAGACUUUUCGCAACAUGCGCCAGAGCUUUAUAUUUCCCGCAUUGAGGCGACCUUUCACUCCGUCGAGCUAACACGCAAAACAGAAAAAUAUUAUAAGUUAGCCGAGGCCCUCCCACCUACCAUUCUUUCCCAAGUGCAGACGUUUCUGAGAGAUCCCCCGAUUGAUGCUCCCUACACCAAGUUAAAGGCUGAACCCUUUCGCCUGAUAUCAGUCUCCGAUCGGCAGCGUUAUCACGCACUGGUAAAAGAGGAGGCCUUAGGUGGUCGCAAGCCGUCGGAACUCUUGCGUCGUAUCCCUUUUCUCGUUGGGGACAUGGCCAUCGACGACAAGUUCUUUAAAGAGAUGUUCUUAGAACGUCUGCCGAUGUCGGUACAAACAAUCUUGGUCUCUGGCUCAGACGAUCUUGACAUAUCAAAGCUAGCACAGAUGGCCGACCGUAUGACGGAGGUUGAGCGUUUGUCAUCGCCGACGAUUACUCAGGUUCCCCAGCUUCUAACCGUGUCCACCUCUGACCCGGCUGAACUAAAGACACAGAUUGCCCAGUUGUCAGCGACUGUUGCCGCUUUGCAGCUGCGCCGAUCCCCCGGUCCCUCUCGACGUUCCUUCGGUCGUGACCGUCGUCGUUCCCGCUCUCGCCCCAGGACCACAAACCUAUGCUGGUGUCAUGUCAACUAUGGCGAUAAGGCUUGGCGCUGUAUCUCACCCCGCUCCUUCUAG